GCUCUGUACGUCGAGGUGUGCUGAUCGAAGCGAGUCGAAGAGUAAAAAAUCUCCAAAAUUUUUAUAAUCUGACGGCGAUUGAAGCUUUGUCAGGACAGUUCUCUUUAGGAUCGUGCUACAUGCUCAUAGUUGGACAAUUACCUUCGCUGAUUGUAGAGAAAACUGACUCGAAACUUUCAUUGCUGAAAGUGGACCAAGGUUAUUCACUGUACGGUGCCUGGCCGCCAGGGGUCGCUAGUAGCGAUGUAAACAACGUGGUUGGAAAACGAUUCUAGAAAACUUUUUCCUCGGUUAAAAAGCAGCGAUGAGCGUCGAAGUAAAGACGCCAACAAGGACACAAUAUGAGCACAGGGAGUUCCCCUGCGGAGAAGGAUCGCCUGCGUCGAAACCGAAGCCGUCGCCGACGAUCUCGAGUAAGGAAAAGGGGUCGGAGCACCCGUCGUUGAGCAACAACAGUACUCACGGAUCAGUGGCUUCCUCGGCAGCGCAGCAAAGACCUUAUAACAGGCAGCACUCACAGGGCGCUAGAAAACGUCUGGGGAGUCAGAAGGAGUGGCAGAGCCGUCACACUUCCAAAAAAAGUCGUCUUGGUGGUAAGCAGCAUGCACCUGGUCAGUUUCCACUGCCGACAAAAUUCCUGUUGGGAGGGAACAUCAGGGACCCUUUGAAUCUGAACAGCCUCUGUGAUGACGAGGAAGUCAACAAAGCACUGAAUCAAGACACUCCAGUCUCGUCACCAAUCCCCACGCCAGCACAUCGCAAGGAACAAGUUGAAGUUAUCAUUCCACCGAAUAUUACUGACCCUCUGAACUUGAACGAGCAAAAUGACGGGGAGAUGAAAUCAAAUAGUGCAAAGAAAAAGAAGAGAAAUCAUCAUGUUAAAAAUAAAAAGAAUAAGACAGAUGAAGGAAGGAAGAAAGAAGAGGAUAAAAGCAGCAGUAGCAGUGUUGCUACCACACCUUUGACAAUAGAUACCAGUGAAGAAAUGAUAACUGCGAUGCGCAAGGUUAACGAUGAAAUUGUUUCUCCAGUGAUUCCACAACAUAGCCGGCAACACAGUCGGAAACCAUCAGCCAGUGCGACAGUUACACGAAGUAUUCUAACCUCAGAAACAAUGCCCAGUGAAAAACAACAGACCGAUCCACUCUCCAGCAGUGGAGGAAGUGGGAAGAUACACAAAAGCAAACCCAAGAAAGAGGAUGGCAAGCAGGGGACACAUUUUCACAAGAAAAACCCCAAAUUUAUUCAUGGGAAUUACAACAGGUACUAUGGGUAUAGAAACCCGAACAUGGAGGAAGAUUUCCGUCUGAAAGUUUUUAUAAAGGAGUGGUUUGAGGGGAAAGAUGUCCUAGAUAUUGGCUGCAACGUAGGACUGGUGACGUUGCAAAUUGCCAAAGAAUUUGAACCAAGGAGGAUUGUGGGAUUGGACAUUGAUUCUAAACUGAUUGCAGCAGCGAGGAGAAACAUUAAGAAUUUUAUUCUGGAGGAGGAGCUGGAUGCUAGCAGUUAUCCCGUCUCAAUGCCUAGGUGUUAUGGUCCGCUGACAGCACCACCCUUACCUGAAGAAGAGGCUCUGAGGUUUCCUCAAAAUAUCAUGUUUAAACAGGGUAACUACGUACUCGAGAACGACGCCCUACUAGAUCUACAGCGGGAAGAAUACGACGUCAUCCUCGGCCUCAGUCUCACCAAGUGGAUGCAUCUGAACAGUGGCGAUGACGGGUUAAAACGUGCAUUCAAACGCAUGUUCCGUCAGCUGCGUCCCGGUGGAAUCCUAAUCUUAGAGCCGCAGUCCUGGGCCUCUUAUAAAAAGAAGAAGAAAUUAACAGAGGAGAUCUACCAGGCGUUCUGCAGUAUUCAGUUCAGGCCAGACCAGUUCACAGAGUAUCUGCUGUCCAAGGAGGUGGGCUUCUCCAAGUGUGAACUCAUCGCAGUCCCUUUUAACAAGUCUAAAGGGUUCAGAAGGCCACUCCAAAUGUUCACCAAACCUUUACCGCCAACAUCUAGUCGCCAGGUGUCAGCAGUAUCUACUCCAACUCAGUUAUCAGCAGUUUCCUCUCCUGCUCACCAGAUGUCAGCAGUGUCUACUCCAACUCGGUUAUCAGCAGUUUCCUCUCCUGCUCACCAGAUGUUAGCAGUGUCUACUUCUACCAGCUCCCAGCCAAGAGGAUCCCCACCGGCAGCUGAUGUAGGCACAGGUGUCCCCUCUGCUGCUGCUUCUUCCAGUCAGUAACUAGGGCAAUUUGAGCUUGGAAUAAUGCUGCUAGUCUUAGACAGAACAAUGCCAGUAAGAUUUUAAAUUUGAAUAGUUUCUGGUUAUAAUAUUUUAUUUUCAUAAUGACAGCAGCUCAUUGAUUUUGAAGGUGCUAUCUGCUGUGGUAUAGAAUUUCAAUACUUUGUGGAUUUUAUAUGACAGAACACAUAAAAAAAGGCAGUAAUAUACUCAAAUGUAAGAACAAGAUUUUUUUUUUCACUAGAGUUAACUCCAGUGACAAACUGAAUUCACCUGAAAUGCAAAUUUGAGAAUUGUUUUAAGAGAUGUUCAAGGUACAAGCACUAUGUAGCAGGGACAGCAGCUUACAGUUAAUGGUAUCGCAUUGUCUUGACAAUUGCUCCAAAUACUUGAAUUCGGCUGAAGAAAUGGAGAGUAUCAAAUAGUUGUUUUGUCUGAAAAUUUGCAAUGAUUUUUUCUAAUGCAGGUGCAAGAUUACACUUAAUGAUCAAUGAGGCAGAGUAUGCAUUUUGUUAUAAUACUAGUAAUUUGUAGAUUUUUGUAGAUUUUUUUUCUUUUAAGUCAACCAAAACCACAGUCCAUUGAUCUCAAAGCAAAAAGGUGGAAGCAGAUUUAAAAAUGAAAAGUCUUUUUUUCAUUUUUAUCUUUUGGAAAAGAGCAUUCACAUUUGUAAUGAAACAGAUGCUUUAAAACAUUUUUAUGGUUAUGUUAAGAUUAUAUCAUUGUUGUAUAAUCUUUUUUAUUUUUGAUAAAAAAAAAUAAAAGAAAGAGAAGAAAAAGAUUAAAAUGCAAAGAUCAACACCUUGGUGCUUAUAAAGCAUAGAUUUCUGGCCAGUGGUUUCUGUGGAGUGUUUGUCUUCAGGCGAACAUGUCCAGAUUAUUUUGUACAAUAAACUAUGCUUGUACUGAAUUUUGGACAAAAUACCUUAAACUAUAUUUGCAGUUCACUCAUAGAUGCAAACAUAUGGUCUUUCUGAAAAUGCAUUUUUCUCU